AUGGAUCGAACAUAUAAGUAUCAGCUUGAAUUUACAAAGACUACGCUAUUAUUGGUUCUUUUAGGCAGCUUUUCUGCGCAAGCAUUUUGCAUUUGUAAAGUAUAUGUAGAUUUUUAUGGAAAAGUCCUUGAGCUUGAUUUAUCUGAAUUUUGGGGAUAUUUUCUUGCUUUUAGUCUAUCUAUUUCGGAAAUACUUUUAUAUUAUGCGAUGAUUUUUAAUGCGAAAAGAUAUUAUAAUAGGUAAGCAGCAUUUAGAAGUGCAAUAGCUGUUGAGGCACAAUUAGGAGAUUGUAACUCCAUCCUGAGUGCAAGAUAUUUACCUGCUUGCCUUUGAAGUUUUUUUGUUGUUGGAAAUUUAUAUCCCUUUAUAGAGAAUAUAGACAUUCCUACUGGUUGCCUUUAUCUUAUGGCAUAUAGUAUAUAGGAAAACUGUAAAUCAGUAGGAAUGCUUUCAUUGAUUAUAAGCAGUUAUAGCCUGAUACCUGCUUUGGAUUGGGCUUGGCUUGCGUUGGGAAACACCAGUGGGGAGUUGACGAGCCAACUUUUGCUGGCAAAUUCAGCUCCCCACAUGGCAAAUCAUCUUGCUAUCGCAAAAGUUGGCUAGUCAACUCCCAUCUGGCGUUUCCCGACGUCUGUCAAGCUCGAUUCAAAGCAGGGACUAGGCUAUAUAUAUAUUAAGAUUUUUUGAUCUUCAAAAAAUUCUAAUUUGAUGUUUGAAAGUAAAAAUUUAGCUGUAUAAAUGAAAUUUAUUAUUUAAUAGAAUUAGCAAGAGAUUUAUUAUAAAAUCAUUGUGUUAUAUAUUAAAAUAAUUUAAUCAAUAAUAUUUAUUCAAGGUAUAUUCUUCCAAAGAAACAUUUGCUUAUUUACGGAGGGCGAGAAAUAAAAACAAUAAGUCAGAAAUUCAGAAAAAGCUGGAAGCUUUAUCGCUGAUUGAGGAAGAAGCUACAUGAAGAAGCAUUGGGAGCUGUAAUUUGUUUUUUAUAAUUACAUUUAUCGCUUUUACGUUCGCUAUUGGAAACGUUCAACUAAAUUUGUAAAAUUUAUGUAGAGCGUAUGUGUACUCUGCAAUUGGAGCUUCCAUUACCACACUAGCUUUAUCGCUAUUUCUUUAA